ACUGAUUGUUAGUGUCUGCAAAUGGAAUGCAGAGUGACUGAGAUAAUGAAUCAGGCUCCCGUUGAGGACUACAACAAAUAGUGCUAUUUACACACCUCCACUUACACACUAGCCUUUAUCACUAUUUUAGAAAAGUGAACCAGUUGGACAAUGUAUAACUUUGGAUAAGAAAGGAAAUCUUUGCAGGGUAUAACUUUGGAUAAGAAAGGAAAUCAGUGCGUGUGCAUUUCUUCUCCCCAACAGCUGGGGGCGUCCGUGCCUUUAAUUUCAACUUUCGGACCCAUUCUCCCACACAUCAACAAGUCGUGCGUAAAGAGCGUGCUUGCGUCACCAUUCCAAUCAGCCUGCUUCUUUGCAGCACUAGCCAGGGCGCCCCGCCCCUAAUAGCGUCAGACGCACGCCGCUACGUAGAUGGUCCUGGAAGGCAGGACGCCGCAGCUGGUAGGACAGGUCGCAUAGGUACUGAGACAGCGGAACUUAGCUGCCUGAACCCAAGCUCUGCGCACUGGAAUGUACUGGAAGAAGUGAUUGAUUCCGUCGCUGUAUUUAUUUGGGACAUUUUGUCAGAUUCUGGGCCUGUCUCUAACACUAUGCCGGCCCUGGGCUAAUGUCUGGGUCUCCUAUAUGGGAACCCGGCCCUCUCACCCUAUGGGGGACGCUGUAUGAGGAAAGCAGACUGGAAGUUUAUUUAGAUCUUACCUGCAUGAUUUCCCUGGAUGUUACUGGUUGCUUCCCGCUACUCUUCAUGUCUAAAUUGAUACAAUUAGGGGAACAGUUUGCAGUUCUGCACUUGUAUCUACACACCUGAAGUCUCUAUGAUAACACUAAGUGCUGAACAAGCCAGAGCAAGGAGCUAAAGCUAAAACUGGCCUAGUGAAGAAUGUUGCUUUUAAGGGACAUGGGGAUACCCCAAGCUUUGCUUUAGCCCAUGUGCAGGAACUCAAGACUGACCCAUUUCAUUGGUAAAGCCAGGCACCAUGUAUUUUCUGAGUGGGUGGCCAAAAAGGCUGCUAUGUCCUCUACAAACUGUGGAGAAGCCAUUCCAUAUUCAGCCAGACUCUCAGAGAAUAUUUUUCUCAGUGUUGUCCCGGACACAACUCAGUAUUUGGUACAGCAGACCCAGCGUAUUAAUAACCAGUUACAAAGAGUCGGCAAAAGCAACAGCGCAGUUUGGAGAUUAUAAACAGGCAGAAUGGAGACCGGACAGCAACAUGAUUGUCAUUGCAACUGCCAAUGGAUACAUUUUGUUUUUUGACAUCAUACCUGUGGGAGAGGACAAAUAUCUGUACGAGCCGGUGUAUCCUAAAGGCAGUCCUCAUGUAAAGUUUAUCCCCCAUUACAAGGAAGAACAAUGUGCUCCAGCGUUGAAUUUGGAAACCAAAAAAGUAAUGGAUUUGCAAGCUUCCAUCACAAGUAUCCAGUCCAUGAUGGAGGAUCUCCUGGUGGCUACGGAGGAUGGCUUGCUUCAUAUUAUUCACUGGGAUGGCAUGACAAAUGGCAGGAAAGCUAUUAACCUUACAACAAUACCAUUCUCUAUCGACUUUCAGCCUUCGAGGGCCGGUUCGUUCUUGGACUUUGGAGAUGUGCACAUUCAAGACAUGGAGUACUGUGCUACACUUGAUGGGUUUGCUGUUGUUUUUAAUGAUGGUCGUGUUGGCUUCAUUACACCAGGAUCAAGUCGUCUCAAUGCUGAUCAAAUCCAUGGUGUUUGGGCACAGGAUGUUGUUGAUGGAUCCUGCGUGGCAGUGAACAACAAAUAUAGGCUGAUGGCUUUUGGUUGCAUAAGUGGAUCUGUUGUAGUUUACACUAUAGAUAACACCACAGGAGCCUUGCAGCUGUCUCAUAAAUUGGAGCUUACACCAAAACAGUAUCCAGAUAUGUGGAAUAAGACUGGUGCUGUGAAGCUGAUAAGGUGGUCUCCUGAUUGUAGUGUUGUUAUGGUGACGUGGGAGUGUGGAGGUCUGUCAUUAUGGAGUGUAUUUGGUGCACAUCUUAUUUGUACCCUGGGAGGGGAUUUUGAUUACCGAGCUGAUGGCACUAAGAAAGAGGCUUUGAGAAUUUGCUCUAUGAGCUGGGGUACAGAGGGAUAUCAUUUGUGGGCAAUCGCUGCUGACUCUUCUCAAAACACUGACUAUGGGAUGAGUGACAAGACUGUUCCUCAGCAAUCUGGAAUCCUGCAGUUUCAGUUCAUCAAAAGUGCUCUUACUGUGAAUCCAUGCAUGAGUAACCAGGAGCAGGUUCUCUUACAAGGGGAGGACCGUUUGUACUUGAACUGUGGGGAUGCUACUCAGACACAGAAUGCAAGGAGCCCUUCAUCUCAGCCUGAGCACAAGGCUCUGAGAGACAGGAGUCCUUUUCCCGGGGGCAGUGGGGAUUCUCAAGGAUUAAGCACUUUACUGGGACACAGACACUGGCAUGUAGUACAGAUACAGAGUACCUAUUUGCAGAGUAACUGGCCCAUACGGUACACUGCCAUAGACAAGGUUGGGCAGAAUGUUGCAGUUGUUGGCAAAUAUGGAUUUGCACAUUACUCUCUGCUCACCAAAAAAUGGAAGUUAUUUGGCAAUAUCACACAGGAGCAAAACAUGGUAGUGAGCGGAGGAUUGAGCUGGUGGAAGGAAUUUAUUGUCUUAGCCUGUUUUAAUGUAAGCGAGCACCAGGAAGAGCUACGCGUUUAUCUGCGUACAUCCAAUCUGGAUAAUGCAUUUGCUCAUGUCGUCAAAGUGCAGUUGGAAACUCUGUUGCUCAGCGUCUUCAGGGACAUGGUGAUCAUAUUCCGAGCAGACUGCUCAAUUUGCCUGUAUAGUAUUGAGAGGAAAAAUGAGGGCCCUAAUCCUUCUGUGUGUUUACAAGUCUUGCAAGAAGUAUCCAUGUCACGUUACAUUCCCCACCCUUCACUUGUAGUGUCAGUUACUUUAACGUCGGUGAGAACAGAGACUGGUAUCUCACUAAAAAUGCCCCAGCAGGCAUGUAAUGCAGAAAGCAUUAUGUUGAACCUAGCUGGUCAGCUGAUCAUGCUGCAAAGAGAUAGGUCUGGCCCUCAAAUUCGAGAAAAAGAUGCUAAGACCCAUCAGCAUAAACUAUUACCUUUUUGUGCUCCUGUGGUCCUUGCACAGUCUGUAGAAAAUGUUUGGAGCACUUGUCGAGCCAACAAACAGAAACGGCACCUUUUGGAAGCCCUCUGGCUGAGCUGUGGUGGAGCAGGCAUGAAAGUGUGGCUUCCUUUGUUUCCCAGGGAUCACCGUAAACCACAUUCCUUUUUGUCCAAGCGUAUCAUGCUGCCUUUUCACAUAAAUAUUUACCCACUUGCUGUUCUGUUUGAAGAUGCCCUAGUUCUUGGAGCCAUCAAUGAGACUGUUGCAUAUAACCUCAGAACUUCCAGUGAACAUUUAGAAGUCCAGUUUCCCUUCUGUAUUGUGGAGAGGACAUCCCAGAUCUACCUCCAUCACAUUUUACGCCAGCUGUUGGUCAGGAACUUAGGGGAGCAGGCCCUGCUUCUGGCCCAGUCGUGUGCAAGUCUUCCUUACUUUCCUCAUGUGCUAGAACUAAUGCUCCAUGAAGUACUGGAAGAAGAAGCUACCUCACGGGAGCCUAUUCCCGACCCUUUGCUUCCCACUGUGGCAAAGUUCAUUACAGAGUUCCCACUUUUUUUGCAAACCGUUGUACAUUGUGCACGGAAAACAGAAUAUGCCCUGUGGAAUUACCUUUUUGCUGCGGUUGGUAAUCCCAAGGACUUGUUUGAAGAGUGCCUAAUGGCUCAGGACCUAGAAACAGCUGCCUCUUAUCUUAUCAUCCUCCAGAACAUGGAGGCGGCUGCUGUCAGCAGGCAGCAUGCUACCCUUCUGUUUAAUACUGCUUUGGAGCAGGGAAAAUGGGAUCUCUGCAGACACAUGAUCAGAUUCCUAAAAGCUAUUGGAUCUGGAGAAAUGGAAAUUCCACCUGCCACUCCCACCACGCAGGAACCAAGUUCCACUGGUGGCUUUGAAUUCUUUAGACAUCGUAGUAUCAGUUUAUCUCAGUCUGCUGAGAAUUUUCCUGCUGGAAAGUUUAGUCUCCAAAAAACCCAUAGCAUGCCUUCUGGAGCUGCUGGAAAAAGGUGGAGCAAAGACAGUGACUGUGCAGAGAACAUGUAUAUUGAUAUGAUGCUGUGGAGGCAUGCUCGGCGACUUCUAGAAGAGAUCCAUCUAAAGGACCUUGGAUGUUUUGCUGCACAGUUAGGGUUUGAGCUCAUUGGGUGGCUGUGUAAAGAGCGCACACGCGCUGCCCGUGUAGAAGACUUUGUCACUUCCUUGAAAAAGCUUCAUAAGGAUUUCCUCUGGCCCUUUCCUGUGAUUCCAGUUUCAUCCAUCAAUUCCCCAUUUAAGAAUGGAAAGUUCAGAACAGUCGGAGAACAGUUCAUGAAAUCCCAGUCAGCCGAUGGCUUCCUGAACAUGGAUGUAGAGACUCCCAAUUCCGGUGCUGUUCGUAGUCAUAGUUGGAUGGGGAGCCUGGCUACAUCCCAGAGAGAAAUGGACAGUACCUCAUCCCACAGUCCCCAGACCCAAGAUGCUUUCCUUUCCCCUUUAAUGAAUAAAGCAGAUGAAUGUAGUAUUGGCUCAGCAACUGAUCUUACAGAGACAAGCUCCAUGGUCGAUGGGGACUGGACAAUGGUAGAUGAGAAUUUCUCUACCUUGAGUUUGACACAGUCAGAGCUGGAACACAUUUCAAUGGAACUUGCUAAUAAAGGACCUCACAAGUCCCAAGUUCAGUUGCGAUACUUGCUACAUGUAUUUAUGGAAGCAGGUUGCCUGGAAUGGUGUGUGAUAAUUGGCCUGAUACUUCGUGAAUCUUCAGUCAUUAACCAGGUAAUAAACUUGCUGCAGUGUCCAGAGGUCGCAGAGGAGAUGCUACAAGGCAUACAGAGUGGGCUGCAAGCUGUGGAUAAUUGGGCUACCACGGACUGCCCUGGGUACAAACCAUUUCUCAACAUCAUUAGGCCUCCACUGCAGAAACUGAGUGCAGCAACAGUGGAGCAGGUAGAGGCCGAAGCCUUCCAAACAACCAUCCCUAUCAAAUUCACAGAGCAAUCUAGUCCCUGUACUGAAGAAAGUCGCAUCUCUACGAGCCACAGUAUCAGCCCACAAAGUGACACCAGCAGCAUUAGUGGCAGCAGGCUUGAAGAGGACGUCUCAAGACAAGAAAAAGUCGAGAGUUCCCAAGAAGGGAACUAUGAUUGUAUUGUUUCCUAGCAAACGGACAAGCUUUGAAUAGGAGAAUCGGAGCAGUAUUACUGACUUCCUCACCAGUGGUUGGUUGCACUGUGAAUAACAUUGGAUCUGGUGUGAACACACAAGCCAUUGGUUGGUUUCCAAGAAACCAUCACUUUAAAGAAAAUGUAAAGCCUUAUUAUUCUUACUCGUAUCUUGAAAUUUAUUUUUCAUUUUUAUUAUUCAUACGUUUUUGGGAAAAUGCUUUCAUAUCCUAGAAAAAAAUUUGAUAUUUACCAAAAAAAAAAAUAUAUAUAUAUAUAAGAUGACAUGAAGGUGUGCAUUUUUUGUUAUUGUGGUAUGGAGGUUACCCAGGAAAUGCAUCAUAAAAUCAAGAUGGAACCAUUUGGCUGUUUAACAGGCUCCCUACUUUUUUUUUUUCUAUUACCUUUGUGCUCUGCUGUUAGUGUAUACAUUUUAACAGCUUGAUUUAUUUUCAUCUAAGAUUCAUUUUCUUGUAGUUCUGCACAUAUUACACUUCCUUUGUGAAAGAUUCGCCUUAAUACCAAUCCAAAUCCUAAUUUGCAUAUGCAAGCCUGGGAAAGGAAAAAGUGGGGCAAAAUGCUUCCUUGUAUUGUGAUAAGUCACAUGAUUUCCCUUUUCGCCCCUAAUUUCCAUAUGCAAAUUAGGAUUCGGAUUACGUUCGGCCAUACACAAGGAUUUGGCUGAAUCCUGCAGAAAAGGUUGAAUCCCAAUUGGAAUCCUGGAUUUGCUGCAUCCCUAGUUACACUUCACAUUUGUUUUGAGACUUAUUUUUAAAGGUAGCAUGUGAUGAUAAUGUUGAGUGACAAAAGGAAAAAAGAAAAAAUGUGUCCUAAAUACUUUUUCACUAAUUGUUUUCACAGUUUACCCCAUCUUUUUUUUUGGUAGAGGAUAAAAUAACUUUAAAGGGGGCCUGUCACCCACAAAAAACAUAUUCAAAAUCCUAUUUUAUCACAUUAGUCACACAAAAUGAACACUGUAUAAAUUAUUUG